GUUUGAAGCACCCAAUAUAGAAGACAAACUCUUACAACCGUUGAUAUCAGUCAAUGCUUGGACCUGUCUGCAUCAAUCACACAUAUCAUGUCCUAGUCAUGUUGAUCUUGAAUUGUAGUUACAAGGAAGCUACUUUGGUGGUUGUGGUAAAAACAUUCAGGUGACCUUUUUUUCACUGACAAAUUCUUGUUUAGUAUAAUUAACGAGUUAUUUGAUUUAGCCUAUAUGCACACCAUUUGUUAGUUUCUAAUCAGUAUAAAUGAACUUUUACUCAGAAAAGUUGGAUAGAUGGAAGAAUAAAUGAAUUAUCUUUUAAGCAUGAUUGAUAUGAAAAAUUCUUGAGUAAGAAUGUCUGUGUACCAACAAACUUUCAAAGCAUGAUUGAGAGAGCAUUUGAUAAUCAUCAUUAUAUGUACAAACAAAAACAAUAAACAUUGUCCAACUGUAUCUUUGCUUCCGCAUUAAAGUCAAUAAAUGUUUCAAGAUUUAACAAAGUAUAUCUAUUAAUAUUCCAACUAAUCAUUUGCAUUCACAUACAGAAGUUUAAAAACAAACUACUGAAUCCAAAAUAGGUGAGACUUUUUACUUAAUUAUUAGUAUCAUGAUUAUCUAGUGAAAUGGAAAUCGAAGUAGAUGAUAUGAUAAAUCAUCUCCAUAAGGUCUGCUAAAUCUAAACAACUUCUUCGUGUACUGUCAGAGUUUUCUUUAAAACUAAACUGACAUUUUGUGUUUGGAGAACCACCCACAGAUGCCGCAUUUGGAGAAAGCACGCGAUCUGCUCAUGCCAAGUUACUCGCACUUCAACAAAACAUUAUUACCAUAAUUAAUAUUGUGGAGAGAUACACCGUUUCUUGAUAACAUGGAUAAAAAAGGUUUUCUAAUGUUUAAAACUGGUGCUGCCCAGGAUCGAACUGGAGACCUUUUGCGUGUAAGGCAAACGUGAUAACCACUACACCACAGCACCUGACGUUUAUGAUGAUGAUGUUUGUAAUAAUAGUCGCCUCCAUGAAUAUCGGAGGUAUAGAAAGAGAAGAUAUGUAGCUCGUUAUGUACUUAAGUGUCCAAGUUAGAAAGAAAAUGCCUGACGUGAAAGAAGUGUUGGCGAAGAUGGACUAGGAAAGUUUGUUGGAGGUAAAGUGCACAAUCUUGUUAUGGGGAAUGCAUGCUUCUUCGUAUUUGGGUAUCAGAAAGAUGAAAUUUAAAGGUCCAACAUUAUAACAAAGUAAUUCGUGAAUGAAAACAAUAUUCGUAUGAAUCGUAUCAACAAAAAUAUACAUACAGUAGUAAAUGGGCAGAUAAAUUAGCUAGACAAAACAAUGUUUGUCCCCUUUAUGAUGUAUAUUUGAUAGCUGUCCAGACUUUUUGAUAGAAGAUGGAUGCAGAGAAAGCAAUCAAUAAAUGCAUUAAGUUGACAAAAACAAUUAUUGCAACGGAUUGAACAGAUUAAUCCACUUGCGAAUAAAAACAUCAAGUUGAUAAUAUUGGCUUUUAGAACACUCUCAUUGAUUGUAUCUCAAUAUGACUAUCAAACUCAAAUUUAAUUGUAUAUAUAAAAAUAUUUAUAUUUGUAAAAUCAUAAAACGUUUCAUUUGAGAUAUUUUGAAUUGAAUGUCUUAUAUUUAAAAAUAUUCAAUAUAAUAGUUUAUGAUAUUUUAUUUUUUAUGAUAUAUUUAUCACGUACUUUAUUAUACCAUAACUUUAAAAUUAUGAAAAUGUACUUCGAGGAACUAAAACCCACAUUUUAUAGAACAAGUGUUAGAGUUAGAAAAAAAGGUGAAAAAAUUCUGAGUAUAUUUCUAAAAAGAUAAUUAGUUCGAAUUAAACUAAUAUUGACAGCGAGUGUGAUAAGUACAAAGAACAAAGCUAAAAAGUAAAACAACUAGAUGAAAAUAUUUCUAAUUAAUAUUCUAUUGCACUUGUGUCGUGAUUCCCAGAUGAUGAGUUUUUUAUACUGUCUAUUUCAAUCUAAUUAUUCUGCAUAUUUAGAACGUAUGUGUACUGACUCCAUCGAUCUCGGAUUGUUAAGUAAUCGAUUGACUGCGAAAUGAUUUGGUCUUGAUCAUUAUCUAUUCGAUUCAAGCUUGCUAUUUCAAACUGCGAAAUAGCCCUCAAAUAAAUUCGUCGAGCCUCACAGUAAUGAGCUACUAUCAUAUGGAAUAAACUUUUAAUGUUUAAGAUCUAUUAAUUUUAUGAAUAAUUUAUCAUUUUAUAAUUGUAUAAAUAAAAUAAAUCUUAUAAAAGCAUGCCUCCUAUUAUUUAAUUUUUCACGUUUUGUUAACAACUCUAAAAUAAUUGAGGAUACCAAACCAAACAACAAUUUUAUGAUUGGGACAUUGCGCUUGAGAACGCGGAAGCCAAAGGAAUAGGUCAAAUCGAAUGAUAAGUCUGACACGUGGCUGUUUAACCUUUCUCCCUAGUAUAUUAAUCAACCAGUGAAGGACACAUCAGUUACCAUAAUCGGUAAACAAGAGAACUAUUUAUGAGAACUUGAGAAGAAAAAGCAAGUUGAAAAGCAGAGAAGACGAUCUGAUAGUGAUAGAUAGGCUGGGGGGAUAAUUUUUUCGAAGAAUAAAAUAUAAAAACCUCGAAAUUAUUGUCUUUCACAUAAUAAGAAGAUCGAUUAUUCAGCUGAGGAAAGAAGAAAGUAAUGGGUCGUGUGGAUUACCUAGCGAUGAAGACCGACGUCGACAAGGUUGCUCUGGUCAAUUCCGACGUGGAGGAGCUCAAGAUCGCUGCCAAGAAACUCUUCAGGGAUGUGACCAAGCUUGGUGGAGCAGCCUUUGGUGUUUCUUUCGUCAAAUGGUUGGCUUGCUUCGCGGCCAUUUACUUGUUGAUAUUGGAUCGUACAAAUUGGAGAAGCAAGAUGCUUACAUCACUCUUGAUACCAUACAUCUUCCUUAGCCUUCCUGGUGUGAUUUUCAACUUCCUUAGUGGAGACGUUGGGAAGUGGAUUGCUUUUGUUGCAGUUGUACUCAGACUUUUCUUCCCAAAACACUUCCCAGAUUGGCUAGAGAUGCCUGGUUCUCUGAUACUUCUGCUAGUAGUUUCUCCACACUUUCUAGCUCACCAUAUACGUGGAACCUGGAUUGGCUCUAUCAUCUGUCUUUUCAUAGGCUGUUACCUUCUUCAAGAACAUAUCCGAGUCUCCGGUGGGUUCAGGAAUUCGUUCACGCAGCCCCGUGGAGUAUCAAACACUUUAGGGAUCAUCCUUAUUCUGGUCUACCCUGUUUGGGCUCUAAUCGUUCGUGUCACAAAAUAGACAUUUUGCCUCUUCCAUAUCCCCCAAGUUGUAUAUGUCUUUGUCCAAUAAACUCCGUGAAGCACUGGGCAAAACCUCAUUGCUCUGCUUCUGUUGCUACACGUAUACUACUAUCUCAAGCUCAAUCAAUGUUCCAUAUAUUUAAAAGAAAAAAACCCUCAUUUUUUAAAAACUAUUGUUUGUACUUAUCAACAGAAAAAAAAAAACUAUUUGUUUGUCUAUUGUAAUAAGAACUGUUUAAGCUCUUUAAAUUAAAAAAAAAAACUCUGGAUUUGUUUUGUGUAAAUUGCUUAUGCAUACCGUUUCGUAUAUGCAGCCGUGGAAUGUUUGUCAUUUUAAUAUCCAAAAAGAAAAAUGAACUACACGCUGUUUCAGAACUCAGGACUAGCUUUCACGUCGGUUGUCUAUCGUUAAGAGAACUACACGCUGUUCAAUUUAAAUAAAAACUACAUGUCGUUUAUAUGUAGGGGACUUCCUAAAACCCUAACCCUAGUUCGGCUUCUUUUAUAAAUACUCAAUCUCCGCCGAUUUCAAGCAUAAUUCAUUACAUAUCUCAAAGCUCAACCCAAGUCAGAAUCUCAUUCUCUGCUAUGUUUUCUUUAGAUGUUUGUUUAAAUCGUAUUUCAAAUUCUCUUAUAUGUUUUUUCGAGUUCAUACCUCUUUACUUUGAUUUGGUUUAUUAUCUUACUUAUUCUUGGAUUUAAUGAGAGACUGAAAAGGAUUUCUCAGUGAUGAACAAAACAUAGAUGACGAGUCCGAUCAAUCCAUUCUUUAAAUCGUGGGGACAAACGAGGCAUUUGUCUGAGAGGAAUCCUUUUUAAUUUUGAUUUUGAUUUUGAUUUUGUUAUGUCUUUUAGACCGGUCUUCAAAAUUGUCUUUAAUGUAUAUGUAUUGUGAUUUUUCAAAGGAAUAGGAGAAAAGGCAUGAUGAGGAUUGUUUAUUGUCAUCUGAUUUUCUGAUGAAUCAAUACCUCCUACUCAUUCUGAGUGCCUUUUUUUCUGUUUCUUCAGUUUUUUUUUUAUUUUGUCAAAACUAUAAUUCUUUUAUUCUAAUCGUUUUUAUUAUUAAAUAUGAAUCAAAACGUUAUUUAUCGAUUGGUUGAAAGUGCUAUUUAAUUUAUCAAUUCAACUUGUCUUGAAAAUGAUUUGAUUUCGCUAUACCAAAAGUCUACCAGUCAUUCGGUUGCUAGAUAUUUGGAUGACCGUAUUCGAGAUCGACAGUGAACCAAUGUAUACAACGCAUAACAAAAGAUAGUUUAAUUUAAAUGAUGCGCGGAGAAUCCCUGGAAUUUGAGCCCAAUAAAGAAUUGAAUUUCUACGAUGAUUAUGGGCUAUCGGAUGAUAGCCAAGGCCCGGCGAUUACCUUGUUAAAUUGUAUUUAGACCUUUCUUUGUAUUAAUGAAAAUGCUAUCGAUAAAUAGUGUAUGUGUAAUUUAAUAAUUUAAGUUUUAUAUUUUUCACAAA